AACGCCGCAGUCCGUCCAUCCGUACGUUGUUAUCGUCAUUGCCCGGGAGACUCCUGCGCGCGGGGAAGCAUGCUGGCCUGCACACGUCUGGCUUUGCUGGGACUCGUGCUGCUCUGCCAAGGCUUUGAGGAAAACGGCGGUGGCGACUCGUGUGACAACUUCACGGACCUCAACCUGUCUCACUGCUUCCUGGGAACCAGCCUGUACGUCCGCCUGCUGCUGUACACUCGCGCCAACCCGGCGUGCGGGCGCGAGCUGCACCACCAGCGCUUUCCCUCUGAGCCGCUUUUUAACCUCUCUCGGCCCACCGCCUUCGUCAUCCACGGCUACCGUCCCACCGGAGCGCCGCCUGUGUGGAUCGACCACCUGGUGCGUCUGCUGGCUGAGCGGCGGGACGUCAACGUGAUCGUGGUGGACUGGAACCGCGGGGCCGCCAACCUCAACUACCUCACUGCCGUGGCCUACACCAGGGAGGCGGCCCACAACCUGACGGGAUUUAUCAGGAGCAUGCAGGAGGAAGGAGCCUCACUGGACUCCAUGCACCUCAUCGGCGUGAGCCUUGGAGCGCACCUCGCCGGCUUUGUGGGCGCCAACCUGAAGGGAAAAAUCGGACGCAUAACAGGUUUAGACCCGGCCGGGCCUCUCUUCACUAGUGCCACACCAGAUGAGAGGCUGGACCCGUCGGAUGCCAUGUUUGUAGACGUGCUGCACACUGACAUGGACUCUUUUGGCCUGCGGGGGGCUCACGGUCACAUUGAUUUCUACGCCAACGGCGGGGCCGACCAACCUGGCUGCCCCAAAACCAUCUUUGCCGGAAAGUCUUACUUCGUGUGCGACCACCAGCGCUCCAUGUUCCUGUACCUGUGCGCCCUCAACGGCACGUGCAGUCUGACGGCGUAUCCGUGCGCAUCCUACGCAGACUUCCUGGACGGGCGCUGUCUGCAGUGCGAGGCCUUCAAGCCUGCUUCCUGCCCGCAGCUCGGCUAUGAUGUCAUCCAGUGGCGGGAAAGUCUGUUGAAACUGGGACAGACCAAAGCGUUCUUCAGCACCACGGCCUCGCACCCCUACACCAAGCUGAAUUACAGAGUGGACAUGGUGACGUGGAACCAGUACCUCCGCUGGGGGGUGGUCUACAUCCGCCUGCACAGCGGCAGGAACGUCACCGAGGCCCGCAUCGACCACAAGCUUCUUCGCUUCGAGCAGUUCACAUCCACGCGUCUUCUGGCCCAGUUCGAUGAAGACCUGCCGCACGUGCACAAGAUCUCCCUGCGCAUCAACACGGGCAAUGUGAUCGGGCCUCGCUACAAGAUCAGACUGCUGCGAAUACGACUGACGCCGCUGGAGCGACCGCAAAGGCCGCUGAUGUGCCGCUUUGACAUCUUCAUGGAGGAGAACACGGAGGUGGCGUUCCGGCCGUUGUCGUGCGACUCUCGCCUCUAAUUUGACCGUGCGCUCGGCGUGUUUGACGACACACGCAGUGGGUGGAGCUACAACCCGGAAAGAUGCUCUGAUCUCAUAACAGGACCAAAAUGAACUUUGAAGACUUUUUUUUUUACCUCAACGACACUCAGGUACAAACUUUUGUUUGUGGAGAUUCUGUCAGCCUGGGUCCAUGCUACACUACAAAAAUUGAGGAAACUGCAUUCUCCUUGCUUGUCGAAGACGUUUCACCUUUAAUCCAAAAGUCAAACUCCGAAUUGCGACGUUCCGGCAAAAUUGGCCUGAUGACCCCUAAAAUCUUAAAAAAAUUAAAAAAAGGGGGGGGGGGGCUCUCACACAAUACUCCAUUCUGGUAAGUUUUUACUCUGUGCCUUUUAUCACUUGUGUUAUGUUUCAUAUUGACAUUUACAAACAGCACACAAAGGAUGAAGUGAAAGUUUUUUUUUAUUAUUAUUAUUAUUGUCACAACAGAUCAAAAUAAAAUCUGUCCACACCUUAUCGUUCCAUCUCUCACGCGUAC